AUGGCGGCGGCCGCCGACGCAUCCGCCUCGUCCUCCGGCGCUGCCCGCAGCGACGCGGCGGCGGGGGCGGCGGGCGCGAGCGCUGCGUGUCCUUGCCCCAUCUGCCUCGAAUCCUUCAGAGACGAGGCCUACCUCGACGCCUGCCUGCAUUCGUUCUGUUUCAAGUGCAUAACUCAGUGGGUGAAGAUUGUGGCGAGCAAGCAUGAAGAACCCUUGUCCUCUGUCAAAUGCCCCCUGUGCAAGACUGAGAAUGUAUCAAUCAUUCAUGCUUUUGAUGGUGAAUCAUUCCAGAGGCAUUACAUAGAGCAGGACCGGGGGAAGAGGUAUCUUUCAGACACACAGGAGUUUAUAUCCCAAAUUUACAACACAAGAGAGAUUUCAGACGAUGCAGCUAGUGUAGAGCAAUACUGGAAGCAACGGAAGUAUCUUCGCAAGAACAUGUGGCUUGAAAUGUGGCUGAGACAGGAAAUUCAGGCUCUGACACAGGAUGAGAAUGUUGAGACCAUAGUUUACCACAUCCAUGGUGUCAUCGAGUCUUUCAUGAAGAGGCAAGAAAAACUACACACUUUGAAGCAGACUUUGCCAGAGCAAACAAGGGAAGAGUUCAGGAGUUUGCUCUCAGACACCGCUAGGCCGUUCCUCCUUGGACGGACAGCGCGGUUCGUCGCAGAGUUAGAGCUCUUCCUGAUCUCACAACGGAAUAUCGAUGCGUACAGCAGAGCCCGUGUCCAGAGAUUCACGGAGUCUGCUUCGCAUGUGGCAAGAGAGCAGGAUGCACUACCUCGGGACCGCCCCCUUGAGGAUCACUACUUGUACCUUCUGAGCGAUGAAACAGGCGGUGAGAUAUAGUGAUCUGACAUUGUUGUUCUGUAGAUUCUGCUGGUGUUGUAGUUAUAUGUUCCGGUGUAAAUCAGAGAUCGGCCUUUGCUGUGUUCGCUUGUUUGUUCUUACAGAGAUUGGCCUUUGCCGUGUUUGCUUGUUUGUUCUCACAGAGGUCGGCCUUUGCUGUGUUGGCUUGUUUGCUCACCCGAUUCAGAAUGAUCACAGGUUACUAUAUUUUAUGAUAUAUCUGUUUCAGA